AUUAGCAGACGUGUUUUAAAGAAUUGUUUAUAGUAAAAGUUAUUUGCAAUUUAAAUUAUUUUUAUCAUAAAUUUAUCUCAAAAGUAGGCUAAAGACGGUCUCAACUAAUAAUAAAUUUAAGUUUUAAAAAAAAAAAAUACAAAAACAACAAGAAUAGCCAGAGGGUGUUUGCGAGUACAAAAAAAGGUGGUGUACAAACAAAAAAGAAUACAUUUUAUCAAAAAAGCAAAAAUAAAAUUAUCAAGUGCAUUAACAAAUUGCGUUACGUGUACGUGGUUUUUUAGACAGAAUAAUAUACAAUAAUACACAAAUUUAUAAAGUGUAACGAGAGUAAACAAGAAGAAAUAAACACUUGUAUAAUUAUUUAUAGAAAAAAUGUGUGGUAUAUUUGCUUAUCUAAAUUACUUGACACCAAAAACACGCCAUGAAGUGUUGGACUUGUUGGUCAAUGGCUUAAAACGUUUGGAAUACAGAGGCUAUGAUUCAACUGGUGUUGCCAUUGAUGCCUUGGGUGAGCACCAUGACAUCAUGAUGGUCAAGAGAAGUGGCAAAGUAAAGGUUUUAGAAGAUGCCAUAAAUGAGCUAUGUGCUAGCGCAGAUUACACGGCUCCAUUGACUACACAUGUGGGUAUAGCUCAUACCAGAUGGGCUACUCACGGUGUACCUUCAGAACUCAAUUCUCAUCCUCAACGGUCUGAUUUGGAUAAUAGUUUUGUGGUGGUGCACAAUGGCAUUAUUACCAAUUACAAGGAUGUUAAAACUUUGCUGGAAAAGCGUGGUUAUGUAUUUGAAUCUGAAACUGAUACAGAAGUCAUAGCAAAAUUGGUUCAUCAUUUGUGGCAACAACAUCCUUCGUAUACAUUCCGUGAGUUGGUAGAACAGACCAUUCAACAGUUAGAGGGAGCUUUUGCUGUAGCAUUCAAAUCGAAACACUUUCCUGGGGAAUGUGUGGCUUCACGUCGUGGCUCUCCUUUGUUGGUAGGCAUAAAAACCAAAACCCGCUUGGCCACCGAUCACAUUCCGAUACUCUAUGCCAAAGAACAUCGCCCUAUGGGUCAUGGUGGUCUACAGCCCGUCUUGCCCAUAGUCUCACGCGCCGAAAUUCAUUCUGAGUUUAUGCCAUUAGAAGAUUCAGAAGUGGAGUAUUUCUUUGCUUCAGAUGCUUCAGCCGUAAUUGAACACACAAAUCGUGUUAUUUACUUGGAAGAUGAUGAUGUUGCUGCUGUCAAGGACGGUGCCUUAAGUAUCCAUCGCCUCAAACGUUGUUUAGAUGAUCCCCAUGCUCGUGAAAUUACCACCUUAAAGACGGAAAUACAACAGAUUAUGAAGGGGAACUAUGACUACUUUAUGUUGAAAGAAAUUUAUGAACAACCCGAAUCAGUGGUUAAUACCAUGAGGGGAAGAGUACGUUUCGAUAAUCAUACCAUUGUCUUAGGUGGGAUUAAGGAAUACAUACCAGAAAUUAAAAGAUGUAGACGAUUGAUGUUGAUUGGUUGUGGCACCUCGUAUCAUAGUGCUGUGGCCACUAGACAACUUUUAGAAGAAUUAACCGAACUUCCCGUAAUGGUGGAAUUGGCUUCUGAUUUUCUAGAUCGUCACACCCCGAUAUUUCGUGAUGAUGUUUGCUUCUUUAUUUCGCAAUCCGGCGAAACCGCUGACACUCUUAUGGCUUUGAGGUAUUGCAAACAACGUGGCGCCUUAAUUGUAGGCAUAACCAAUACUGUGGGCAGUAGUAUAUGUCGAGAAUCUCAUUGCGGUGUUCAUAUUAAUGCUGGUCCUGAAAUAGGUGUAGCUUCAACAAAAGCCUAUACUUCACAAUUCAUUUCGCUUGUAAUGUUUGCCUUAGUAAUGUCCGAAGAUCGUCUGUCAUUGCAACAAAGAAGACAGGAAAUCAUAAAAGGUCUCUCCAAUUUAGCGGAUCAAAUACGUGAAGUUCUUAAGCUGGAUUCUAAGAUUCAGGAAUUGGCCAAAGAUUUAUAUCAACAUAAGUCUCUUUUAAUUAUGGGUCGUGGUUAUAAUUUCGCCACCUGCCUAGAAGGUGCCUUAAAAGUCAAAGAACUUACGUAUAUGCAUAGUGAAGGUAUAUUAGCUGGAGAACUCAAACAUGGUCCCUUGGCUCUGGUGGACGAUGAGAUGCCUGUCUUAAUGAUUGUUUUACGCGAUCCCGUUUAUGUCAAGUGUAUGAAUGCCCUGCAACAGGUGACUUCACGUAAAGGCCGCCCCAUCAUUAUCUGCGAAGAAGGUGAUGAAGACACUAAAUCGUUUUCUUCGCGUAGUUUGGAAAUACCACGUACUGUAGAUUGUCUUCAAGGCAUUUUGACCGUCAUACCCAUGCAGUUGUUGUCAUACCACAUUGCCGUCUUAAGAGGCUGUGAUGUUGAUUGUCCGCGAAAUCUUGCCAAAUCGGUAACGGUAGAAUAGAAAAAAGUUUAUUUGUUUUCACCAUGCUAUUCCAAAAAUCAACACAAAGUUAAAAAGUUUUAUUGCAUUUCCAAAAUUUUACAUCAAUAUUGUAUUUAGAUUUUAUAACGGCCAUAAAAAGAACUUUCCGAAAAUACGACAAUUUUUAACAACAACUUAAAAUUAGAGAUUUAAGUUUAAUAUAUACUAAAUAUUUAAAUAGUCUGUCGAAGUUGUGCCUUUUAAUUUCUAUUCCCAUAAAUUUACAUGCGUAUACUGUUUUUCUUUAUUAUUUUACAAUUUUAUCAUGCAAUUUUUUGCUAUCAAAUUUAAAUUCCAUUACAAAAUUUUAAUUUUCUUAUUUAAAUAGUUAUUAUUAUUAUUGUUAAUUCUAUAUAUUUAUAAGUGAUUCUUUGUGGUUCUAACUUCAAAAUUAUUUUGUAUUUGUUUUUUUUUUUAAUCAGUGCAAUUUCUCAAUUGUUGUUACAAACUUAACAGUUUUUUUAUAUAAUGCCAUUAUAUAUAGUCAAAUAAAAUAGUAUUUUAAAUUUACUUGACUUAGUACCCAAAUAAACAAUAUUUACCCAAAUUUUCUUAAUACAAU